UUAUGGCUGUUACAACAGUAGCUAGACUAUGUAUUAUACCCGCAGAAGAAUUACAUUCCAGUUGUAUUUUAGAAAAUGGCUGCUGUAGCAGCAAUUGCCCCUAACCUUUGGCGUUUAUCACCAGCCAAAAUCAAGUGCGAUAGCACCCCUUGCGUCAAUCCAAGAACAGAAUCAGCACUGAAACGGGAAAACCAUCAUCUCUUAUCCAGAUUUUGUACCCAUCUUUCUAUUCAGAAACAUGGCAGUUUUCACUCUCACUUCUCACUCAAAGCUGCUUCAUCUUCUUCAGUUGAGAGUACAGAGUAUACAGAGGAGCCUGCAACAAAAGUAAAGUUCCAAACGUCAUUAAGCAUUCCAGGCUGCUCCACCUCAAUGCCAUUAACUGGAACUGGAUACAGGGAGAAAGUUUUUGCAGUCAUUGGUGUCAAGGUGUAUGCUGCUGGCCUAUAUGUGAAUCAGUCAAUUUUCACUAGGCUAGAGGCCUGGAAAGGGCAGUCUGCUGCAGAUCUGCAACAGGAUUCAGAGUUCUUUGACACAAUUUUUCAGGCUCCUUUGGAAAAAUCUCUGCAAAUUGUUCUGGUGAGAGAUGUGGAUGGUAAAACAUUUUGGGAUGCCUUAGAUGAAGCCAUCUCUCCAAGAAUUAAAUCGCCUACUCCAGUUGAUACCUCUGCUCUUUCUACAUUUAGUACUCUGUUUCAAGGGAGGCCUCUUAAUAAGGGUACCAUUAUCUUGUUGACUUGGCUGGACUCUACCAAAAUGCUUGUUUCUGUAUCAAGUGAUGGGCUGCCAUCUGGUGUUGACGCAACUAUUGAGUCAACAAAUGUGAUAUCUGCUCUUUUUGAUGUAUUUCUGGGAAGUGAUUCAGUUUCUCCUACUCUUAAGGCUUCAGUGACCAGUGGAUUGACAGCAUUGCUGAAUGGCUGAAGUAAAGAAAACAAGAGAGAUUUUCUGCUCAGUUGUUUUCAUUCCUGACACUCAAUGCUCAUCAUAGCUUUCUACAUGAAUGAACUGCUCUAAAUCUUGUUUUUUACACUAUGAACACUUUGGAAAGAGCAUUGCUCCACUAAUCUAAUAACCAGAAAUAAGAACCCUCCAUCCUUUGGAAA